AUGAUAAACAUUUACUUCAUUGGACAUAUAAAUCUAAUCAAAUAAUGAUCACCUUAAAGUUGAUUUACUCUAUGUUUUUCUUUUUUUCGUUUAUUACGUUUAGUUACAAUCUGGAAAAUAGAGUAUAUAAUGGUCGUGAUUUACGUCGAAAUGUCCACAAGUAUUUGGUGAAAUUGGAGAUACAACAGGAGAACACUUUAUUUACUUGCAGUGGUUCGAUCAUUAGCAGAUUUUGGAUAAUAUCUGCUGCCCAUUGCUUCAAUGAUGAAGUGAAUGCCAAGAUAUUUCAUCAUGUAAACAUCAAGAAACAGAUAGCAGAGGCAAAUUGUGUCUUAACACAUCCUCAUUUUGAUAAAGGAACUGUUAAUGAUAGUAUACUUACCAACGAACAUAUUUUGGUUGACAUUGCUUUAGUGAAGACUGUUCAUCGCAUACAAUUUAAUAAAUACGUGCAGCCUAUAACAAUAGGAUGUUGGGAAAAUUUUAACCGAUAUGGCAACAUUGCGGGAUAUGGAAAGUCUGAACCCGGUUUGACUGCACCACGUGAAGGUCAAGUCCGUAUAUCAAAGUGUUGGAAUGAUAAUAUUCAAUUAAUGUGCACAAAAGGAAAAGCACAGGGAGGGAGUGGAGAUUCAGGAGGACCCCUGAUUGCGUCUGGAAUACUGGUUGGUGUAACUUCUGCAAACGUUAUAAAUACCAGUUUAACUUAUUACGCCAGUAUUUGUUAUAACUUGUGGUGGAUAAAUCAGGUGUUAAAAUCCAAUUAUCAAAUUAGUCAUAAAUAUGUAAUAAAAAAUUAUUGA